UGUAGUUGCCUCCACGUCGCCAUCCUCGAGUCGUCCCCUCGUAACAUUGAGCCCGCACCGCAUGGAUCGAUAUAGGUGGAAGAUGUGCCCCACAUGCACGCACAGCAGAUCGAGAGGAAGAAGAUGAUGUCCUUGAAGCAUCUCCGGGCGCCUACCGCCGGGCAGCGCCGCCCCUCGCCGCUGCUGCGUCUCGUCCCCGGGCUCCUGCUUCUGCUGCUCAUCUCGCGGCCGGCGCAGGCGUCGGCGUCGACGGUGGUCACCCGCCUGCCGGGAUUCGAUGGGCCGCUCCCCUUCCACCUCGAGACCGGGUACGUGGGCGUGGAGGAGGAGACCGGGACGGAGCUCUUCUACUACUUGGUGGAGUCGGAGCGGAGCCCCGGCGCGGACCCCGUGCUCCUCUGGCUCACCGGCGGGCCUCGCUGCUCCGGCUUCAGCGCCUUCGCCUUCGAAGUCGGUCCUGUAAAGUUCGUGUUGGCGCCGUACGACGGCGAUCUGCCGCAGCUGGUAUACAACCCCUUGUCAUGGACCAAGAUGGCAAGCAUCAUCUUCUUGGACUCGCCCGUCAGCUCCGGUUUCUCAUACGCGCGCGACCCCAAGGGCCGCGACGACGUCGGAGACUACUCGUCCUCCCUGCAAGUCCAAAGAUUUCUCAAUAAGUGGUUCAUCGAUCACCCGCAGUAUCUUUCAAACCCUUUCUACAUUGGAGGAGAUUCGUAUGCCGGAAAGGUUGUUCCACUCAUUGCGCAAUACGUUUCAGAAGGAAUUGAAAAAAGGCAGCAGCCUCACAUUAAUCUCAAGGGCUAUCUGGUCGGCAACCCUAUGACAGACCCAAAGUUCGAUCGCAAUUUCCAGGUUCAAGCUGCUCAUGGCUUCGGGAUAAUAUCUGAUCAAAUAUACGAGGCUGCCAUGAGGAACUGCAAAGGAGAUUAUGUAAACCACGUGAAUCAAAUGUGUGCUGAGGUGCUACAAACCGUAAAGAGUCUCAUUUCUGAAAUCCUAGAUGCACACAUCUUGUACAAAAAAUGUGUCUUCUCCGCACCAAAGCCCACAAAUGAUGCGACGGCAAGAAAAUAUCUGUUAGAAGAAUCUAUCGAGCUAAAUGAGGCGCCUGGUCGACCUGCCACCGAUUGUCUUACAUACGGUUACUACCUGUCAUACUUUUGGAUGAACAACAAUAUGACUAGAGAUGCUCUCGGGGUCAAGCAGGGGACGGUCGAUGAGUGGGUAAGAUGCAAAAGAGAACUCCCCUACAAAUUUGACAUGCCAAGCAGCAUACCAUACCAUCUCAACCUCACCAUGAGAGGUUACCGUGCACUCGUUUACAGUGGAGACCAUGAUCUCCAGGUGCCUCAGCUCAGCACGCAAGCGUGGAUAAGAUCUUUGAACUUCCCCAUAGUCAGUGACUGGAGGGCAUGGCAUCUCGACGGCCAAGCCGCAGGAUUUACCAUGGGAUACGCAAACAAUUUGACAUUUGCAACAGUAAAGGGUGGUGGCCAUAUUGCUCCGGAGUACAGGCCUGAAGAAUGCUUUGUGAUGGCCGAGCGCUGGCUGGCCAAUGAGCCUCUUUGAUGAUUUGACCAUACAAUUUUUAUCUCUUAGCACAAAUACUUUUGCAUUUUGCUUCAUUCCACAUGUAAAAAUGCACUGAGUAGUGAUGUACAUCAAAUGGAGUUUUUUAACAGUCCAUCCAUCGCCCCUGCGCGAUUAAUCGCCUCUAA